AUGGGGUUGGGGGAUGAGCUCAGGUAUAGGAGUUUAAUAUCUAUUAGGCGAUGGAGGUGGAAUGAAGUAUGUAAAUUUUCUACUAGGUUAUUAGACAAACAAGUUGUUACAUCAUCUAAUAAUCAAAUAAUUUUGAGAGUAAUUAGCGCAUUUCAUGGACUGAAAACGUCACCGCGAGGUUCAUUUGAUAGAUUCCUGCUUAGGGAACUCAAUGGUUUAGAGAUUCCGCCCCAAAAUACACUCGAUACACACAUUAAUUUUGACAUACAUAGUGAUAUUUCAAACAUCUUGGUCCAUCUAUUAGCCAACACUGAUAUCAAAAUAGGCACUUAUGACUCUGGCUGUGUAUCAUCAGUGUUGAACGAAAACAAACUGUUCCUAGAUGUAAUAAGGUCCCUACCAAUAUACAUACCACUGGAACUCUCAUCAAAUCCGUACGAUAUAUGCAACUUAGAUGAAGAAAACACAGUAACUAGGUCAUCAUCCAAUUGUGGCUACACACAACACAUUCAACUAUAUGUAUUUGCCGUGGGAUUACUAACGCUUACGCGUGCUGCAGCGCUAAUUAAUUUGAAUGCAUUAAAAAAAAUAAUACAAACUGUAUAUUACUUUACUGUACAACAAAAUUUAUUCCCACAGGAUUGGCUUAGGAGACAAUUAGAAUUAAACUAUGCUUGUAUACUAUCAGAUUAUCCAAGCCAAGUUAUAAAGUCUGAGGAUAACAUUAAUAACAGUGAUGAUAGUAGCAAUGGAAUGAAGGUAUAUAAGGAGCUCCUAAUUGAAACAUGUAAACCAUUAAUUACGGUGGUGUAUCACGAUCUAUUUGCUAGGAAUUGGUAUCUAUUAACUGAAAAAGUGGAAUUAAAUAAGAAUAUUUCAGUGAAAUAUGAAAUAUUUUAUCAAACAACCGAUAAAAAUGUUUAUAUUGGAUUAAGCGGUUGCGAUUUGACACAUGUUAUGAACAUCCGUACCUUUGUCGAUUUGUACAAUCGUUUUAUUUCAAACAUUGCAAUUGAAAUUUGUGACUGUACAUUUAAGUUAAGUGAAGAACAAUCUUGCGAUUUUAUAUCUAAAAUGGCUAUACUAAACCCUAUAUUUAUUGGUUGUAACAUUGAAAUGUUACAUAAAUUUAUUGGUAAUUUAUGGAUAAUGCUAACAAGAUAUGAAACUAUUACCGAGCCUUGCAGUAAAAAUUUUCAAUCAUCAAUCCCACAUUCAGUUUCUGAAUUUGCAAAAAAGAUGCUGGGUUGUGAUUUAGAAUGCUUUUCAUCGCCAUUGAAUACACAAUCACAGUGCUUUUGUUCUCUAUUUCCACAGACAGAUGCUAUGUUUGGUAGUAAAGGGAAUUUUUUUGACUAUGUAAACGAUGGAUUGCUAGAUAAUCAUACUGCAAUAAUUGUUAAUCCCCCUUUUGAGCUGUACAUACUAGAAAAGACAGUUGAUGUUAUUUUGCAGUUACUAGAAAGUGGCAAGCCUUUAUGUGUUGUGUUUGUUGGUCCACUAUGGAAUUGCGAUUUUUAUCACAAAUUGGAAAAUUGCAUACAUAAUAAGAGCCUAAUUACACUGAAAUCUAGGUGUUAUAAAUACAGGGACAGUAGAGGGUUUGAAUAUAGGCCUGUGCAUGAAUCUUUUUGUUCAACUCUCUACAACCAUCAGUUUACAGAUUUUUACAAAGGAAUAUCGCAAGAAAAGCUUAGUCAAUUGGCUGAAUGCUGGUAUAGUUAA